AUGUCGGAAGCUUGUCUUGCUGAUGCCACCAUGGAGGUGCUGGAAGCGACCGCAACGGCAGAACAGAUCAGUGAUUUGGUCUUAGACUUCGGAGUGGACUCCCUGCCCGUAAACUCUGUUUUGCUUCGCCUGGCUUCUCCCGUUUUCAACCGCAUGCUUGAGAGCGGCAUGAAGGAAGCACAGCAAAGUCUCAUCAAGGUGGACGUGGCGAGCAAGGAGGAGUUCACGAUCUUCUACGAUUUGCUGGGGCCUAUGGCAUGGAGUACGGAUAGAGUGACCGAGGCAAACGUUGAUUCGCUUCUUGCAAUCAGCGACUACUACCAGGUGGGAAUGAUGAAGCAAGCCUGCGAACAGUUGCUGCUUGGUCUUCCCCCCAGCGGCACCCGCCUCCUGCAAGCACACAAGCACGGGCUCAAGGCACAAUACCGACGGUGCGUGAGUGACUUGGCCAAGAAGAGCACAAAGGCUGACUUGGAGGUGCUCCAGUCAGAUCCGCGCACCUUGCUGGAGGUGACCUUCAGAAAACAGGACAUGUUGAACCAGGUCAUGGAUAUGAAAGAUGAGAUCGUCUCCUGCCAGGGCUCUGUCGUCGAUUCUGUAAACUAUGCCGAAAGCCAUUUUGCCCGAGGAGCAAAAUUUACUCCACAACAAGCCAACCAAAUAUCAGCAGCUUUGGCAGCCUAUGCCCCAAUGACCUCAGUUCUCGGAAAGGUGCUCCAGGCAUUGAGCUGA